AAUUAAAAUAAAAUAAAUUGAAAUUGUAAAAAAAAUCUAAUUAAAAGUUAUUAGCUGCCCCACCUCUACUUGUCUCCUUCACACAACCUUCUCGGCGGUAAUUUCACUAGCCCACCACCCGAAUGCGUAGCCUUUAAUCGCUCAGUAACGGAAACGAGGAAUACUAACAACAAUAACAACAAUAACAACAAAAACAAUCAAAACAACCACAGCAGUAAAAGAAAGAAGCGCAAAAACACUUUGCAGAAAAGGCGUUGCUUCAUACAGUCGCCUCAUUGAAUACCGAACUCAUUGUGAUUCGUAUCAGCUUUAGCAUCAGCAUCAGCAUCAGCAACAUCAACAGCAGUCUCAGUCUCCGUCUCAGCCUCAGUAAUAGCAGCAAUACCAGUACCAGUAUCAGCAUCAGCAAGAACAUUAACAAACCCAACCCCACCAACACAUUUGGUCGUUAGUGAUAAGAGACAAAUACCGCACGCCUAACCAACUGCUCGACCAAACAAACGCUCAUUGUGUACCUAUUUGACUUUCAAAGUUUUUCUACAAUUUCAACGAAAAGAAACCAAAACCGUUAAGAACGGAAAUUUUUGGUCAUUAAAAUUCGUUAAUAACUGUAAAUUCGUUACUUACACUAAUGCGAAUUUAAAACUCUGCCUCAGUUGAGACGCGACGUCAUUUUGUGCCAAACUCGGGUGACAUCAAUGAAAACGGAAAACUGAAACUGAAACUGAAACUGCUUUAAAUGUUGUGAGUGGACAGGACAGGAGGAAAGAAGAGUCGCCAGCCUUGGAAGUGUUUCGGACUAUUUUCUUGCGUACAUAAUUGAGUUCAAACUUUAUUUAAUAUUUUUUAUUUUUGAAAUUAAAUUGUGUAAAGCUUCGACACCUGAAGAUACGAAAAAGCAAAAAAAGCAAAAAAAGCAAAAAAAAAAAAGAAAAAAAACAAAAAACCCACACCCAUUACACGCACACCCAUUGUAUGAAGUGUUCUCUGUCGAAGAAGGACGAACUCCACACUUCUUAAGGAUUAUUAAGCAAAGCUCGUAGAAAGAAAUUGGUGUUUUUUUAUAAAUAAUUUUUAUUAAAAUUUGUUGAGAUAUAAGCUGCCAAACAUGUUUUCCAUGUGCUCCAAAGUGAAGCCACGAAACUCAGUGAAUACACAACAACUAACGGGAAAUAUCGGUAAACAAAUAAAAGGAGGAUAUCUCUUGCGCUAUAAAAAGCAACUUCUCUGGAAUCGCUGGUCAGAAGAAUGGGUUGUUUUAUAUGACGAUUCUACUAUGGCCUGGUUUACAGAACCAGGCAGGUCCUCUCCUGCUGGUAAAAUACUAGUUAAGGAAGCACCGGAAAUGCUUGCCAUUGCACAUUGGACUGGCCAAAUUCCGCGUCGUCCUCCAUUGCCAGAAGGUUGUAGCGUUUCACAAUUGAUUGCAUUAGGUUCACGCAGAAAACGUUCAAAAGUCUAUUGGAUGCUGGCGAAAUCUGAACAGGAAGUUAGUGAAUGGAUUGAUGCUAUCACAAAAACUCUACCACCACCACCACAGAUAGAACUAGUCGUUGAUAAGCCACACCUAAUGAAUGUGUUACGUAGGCCGUUGGUGCGCAUACGACCGGCUACGUCUUCCGAAGUUAAGCAACGAAAAGCUUUGUCUAAUAAUAGUUCCCAUCCAGCAUUGGCAAGUCAUCGAGCAUUGUUCAGUCAAAAUCCUUUGGUAAAGAGUGAUGCAGCUGUUGCCAUACUCAGCAAAAAACCUGAUUCAAAAGCCUCCUUGGCUUGUGUAUUGCCGUGGGGACAUGGUUGGGGUUGGGCUACUUUGCCAAAUGGAGUUUGGAGUGGAGGUUUAACCUGGUCGCAAUGUGAAGAUACAUUCACUUUACAUGCGCUGCCCACAACUCAUUGCACUAAUUUAAUAGACACCGGUUGUAGUGGUGCUGUUUAUCACACUGACAUUGGUGGUUUUGAUUUUCAUUCAACUGGAGUUGAAGAUCUUGGUGGAGAAGAUUUUGAUUAUGCUAUGGAUUGUGGCGAUUUUAUAUUUUAAAUUUGAAAGAAAAGCCAUUUUUGCACUCUAAACUGUUGUUGAGAGUAUAUGAACCUGCUAAGUGAACUACCCCACCCUUAAUAUAGAAUAAAACUAUAUAUGCAUAAAGGAUCGAAGGCGUUAAAAAUAAACAAAAC